AGGGAAAUUGAUCGGCGAUGGAUCCGUGUACGUUUGUGCGCUUGACUGUGGGGAAUUUAGCGCUCAAAUUCCCGGUGGCGGCGAAGCCAGCUCGCAGCGCCGUGCAUCCCUCGACUUCGCCGUGUUUCUGCACUAUUAAGUUGAAGAGUUUCGCCCUGCAGAGCGCCGCCGUCCCCUACAUUCCGCCGGAGAGCUCGCAAUUCCCCGACGGGAACUCGGUGGGGACCGCCGCGAGCUUCCACCUCAGCAAAACCGAUCUCGACAGGCUCACCGGGAAAUCCUCCCUGUUUGCGACCUCCAAACGGCCGUACCUCAAAAUCUCGGUCUACUCCGGCCGCCGCGGCGUGACGUGCGGUGUGAAAUCGGGGCAUUUGCUGGGGAAAGUUUGCGUGCCGUUGGAUCUGACGGCGGCGGAGUCUAGGGCGGUGGUUUUCCAGAACGGAUGGAUUAAUUUGUGGAAGGAUUCGAAAGGAGUCGCACAAUUUCACCUGAAUGUGAAGGCCGAGCCCGAUCCUAGAUUCGUGUUCGAGUUCGACGGCGAGCCGGAAUGCAGCCCGCACGUAUUCCAAAUUCGAGGCAGUGUUCGUCAGCCUGUGUUCACCUGCAAGUUCAGCUUCCGCACGGCCGACCGGAAUCAGCGCUCCAGAUCUCUGCCGCCGGAGCACAGCGCCGGCGGCCCCCGGGGAUGGUUAAGCUCGUUUGGCAGUGAAAGAGAAAGGCCGGGAAAAGAACGAAAGGGCUGGUCGAUCACAAUCCACGACCUCUCCGGUUCGCCAGUUGCAGUCGCAUCAAUGGUGACUCCAUUUGUGGCCUCGCCGGGCUCUGACAGGGUGAGCCGAUCCAACCCCGGCUGUUGGCUCAUUCUCCGGCCCGGAGACGGCACGUGGAAGCCGUGGGGUCGGUUAGAAGCAUGGCGCGAGCACGGCUCAGCCGACGGGAUUGGCUACAGAUUCGAACUAAUUCCCGACUCAGCUGCAGCUGCAGGGAUCGUCUUAGCCGAGUCGGCUCUCAGCUCCAGCAAGGGAGGGAAGUUCGUGAUGGACUUAUCCGGCAACAAUGGAGGAAUUCCUGCGGGGAGCGCAGGCGCUUCGCCUGGCUGCAGCCCACGAAGCAGCGGGGACUACGGAUACGUUCUGUGGCCGUAUAGCAUGUACAGAGGGUUCAUAAUGCUGGCUAGGAUAGCUGGCGAGGCGUGCCACCACCGCCGCUGCCGGGGAAAGGCGGUGGCCGCCCCUCUGGUGGAGGUGAGCGUGCAGCACGUUGGAUGCACGGAGGACGCCGCCGCCUUCGUGGCGCUGGCGGCGGCGCUGGACCUGAGUGUGGAUGCUUGCAGGCUGUUCUCUCAUAAACUACGUAAGGAACUCUGCCCUCCUCAAGAUUUACUUUUUUGAUUGAUCAUUAAUUAAUCUUUCUUUCUUUGUUGAUGAAAUUAAGUGACAAUUACACACACGUAUACACAUAUAUGAUAUAUAUAUAUAUAUAUAUAUGAUGUCUAUUUGAUUAGGGAUAGAUUGUUUUCUUGAUUUUGUUUUUUGGUGUGAGUGAUUUUAAGGGACUGAUUGGGGGAUGAGUAGAUAUUUAUGACUAACUACAAAUAGGAUUUGUGUACAGAUUUGAGGAAGAACGAGAAUGGGUGGGUGGGUGAAUGGUUUU